ACUUGCAAGUCAAGUCAAGAAGAAUACGAUUGGUUUAUAGUCGAACCCUCAACUGCACUGGGCAAGGAGGAUUGACGGAAACCACAACAAUCUCUCUGUCACUUUCUCAUUUGUCAUUUACAGAUCUGCAUUUUCUCAUACUUUCUAACUCUAAUCUUUCUCUGCCAACGUUGUAACUUUGAAUUAAGCACUACCCAGAAAUAAAAAAUUCAUCUUUUUUUUUAUCUCAUAAACCAAACAACCAAAAGAGGGAAACAUGUUCUUUACUACUACUCAAAUCCCAUCUACCAGGACUAUAAUAUCUGCGGCUGCCUCAGCGGCUGCCGCGGCGGUGCUUGUUCGGAAGCUUGCACAUGACUAUUUGCCUUAUGAGGUACAAACCUACUUGUUCUUGAAGGUUAGAGAUUUCAUUGCACGGUUCUCUAAUGACUUGACUUUAGUCAUUGAAGAAUAUGAUGAUGGUCUUAAUCAAAACAAGCUCUUUAAAGCUGCAACAAUUUAUCUUGAACCCAAAAUCCCCCCUUAUGUGAGAAGACUCAAAAUCAACCUGACAAAAGAAGAAACCAAGGUUUCACUCUCUGUGGAAAAGAAUGAAGAGAUUGUUGAUAAAUUCAAUGGGGUUCAUUUGACAUGGAGAUUUGUAUCAAAACAAACCCCAUCAAAGGUUGUCCACGACCCAGAUCAUUUCGGCUCAAAGGUUCAGAGUGAGGCUAAGUUUUUUGAGCUGAGUUUUCACAAGAAGCAUAAAGAUAUGAUCUUGGAGACGUACAUCCCUCAUAUCAUGAAGAAAUCAAAGGAAAUAAACAAGGAAAAGAAGACUCUGAAGCUUCAUACUUUGAGAUAUGAUCUGAUGCACGGAAGGAAAUCAGAUGUGUGGCAAUCAGUGAAUCUAGAUCAUCCAGCAACUUUUGAUACUCUAGCGAUGGAUUCGAAUUUGAAGAGAAAGUUAAUGGAGGAUCUAGACAGGUUUGUGAAGAGGAAAGAAUUUUACAAGAGAGUGGGGAAGGCAUGGAAAAGAGGGUACUUGUUGUUUGGGCCUCCAGGGACUGGCAAGUCAAGCUUGAUUGCUGCAAUGGCAAAUUAUCUCAACUUUGAUAUUUAUGACUUGGAAUUGGCAAGUGUUGGAGGGAAUAGUGCGUUCAGGAAGUUGUUGGUUACCACGCAGAAUAAAUCCAUCCUGGUUGUAGAGGACAUUGAUUGUUCACUGGAGUUGCAGGAUCGGCUUGCAGAGACAAAGAAGGUUCUUGCUACGAGUUUUAAUCCUAGUCACACAGUUGGAUUAAAUCUACCAAAUCAGUUUCUGGUGACAUUAUCAGGAUUGCUAAACUUCCUAGAUGGGUUGUGGUCAAGCUGUGGAGAUGAGAGGAUUAUAAUCUUCACCACCAAUCACAAACACAGACUUGACCCAGCAUUGUUGCGGCCUGGCCGCAUGGAUGUGCAUAUCCACAUGUCCUAUUGCACACCAUUCGGAUUCAAAGUGCUGGCCUCCAAUUACCUUGGGAUCACAGAGCAUCCACUUUUCACAGAGAUUGAAGAACUGAUAGAGGAAACUAAGGUGACUCCGGCAGAGAUCGCUGAGCAGCUGAUGAGGGAUGAGGAAGUAGAAAUUGCACUCAGAGGCCUGAUUGAGUUUCUUGAGGAUAAGAGAGAAAGUGGUGAAAAUAAAGCUGGUGAAGCUGAAAUGGUAACAAUUGUGGAAGAAGAAGGAAAGAAACAGGGCCAGCCUGAGGGAAAUACAGAUGGAAAAGUUAUUGUGUUUGAUCAAACAAAAUGUGGAAAAGCCCCAAAUCAUUAAUUUAUUGGGCAAUUUGGCACAAUUUUGAAGCCUGGUACGUUGAAUUCUGCCACUCUUAAUCAACUUGUCUAUUUCCAUAAGAUGCCGUAAUUAGACAAUUUUGGUAGGAAUCAAUUCAGUGACACCAGUUUGGCCCUUUUGGCUUGUUUUGAUAGCCAGUUUUCCGAUUUAGAAUUAUCCAUGUUGUUACUGUAAUGGUAUUAAAUUAUAAAUUUAUGUUUCCCCUUUUGUGUUGA